AACCAUUUUCAGUCUCGAAAUUGAAAGUACGUGAUGCAACACGUGUGAAAACAUACGGAUGAUAAAAAUUGCGGAAAUAUGACUGAUAUAACGCCAGAAGUGGAGAAUAUGUCAAUUAAAGAAGAAGACAAAUUAGGGGCAGGUGAUGACGACUUCAUCGUGAAUCCCUGGGAAGUGGUCUCCACCUCAGCAACCGGGGUAGACUAUGACAAGUUGAUAAAAAGGUUUGGAAGCACCAAAAUAGAUGAUGCCCUGAUUGAGAGAAUGGAGCGGGUCACAGGGAAGCCUGUUCACCAUCUACUGAGGAGGGGGAAGUUCUUCUCUCAGAGGGAUAUGCACUUUAUCCUAGACAUGUAUGAACAAAAGAAGCCAUUCUAUUUAUACACUGGAAGAGGGCCUUCAUCUGAUUCAAUGCAUAUGGGUCAUCUUAUUCCAUUUAUCUUCACCAAGUGGUUACAGGAUACCUUUGAUGUACCCCUAGUUAUACAGCUGACUGAUGAUGAGAAGUACUUGUGGAAGGAUCUUACGCUGGAACAAGCCAAUCAUAUGGCCAUGGAGAAUGCCAAGGAUAUUAUAGCCUGUGGAUUUGAUAUUGAGAAGACAUUCAUUUUCAGUGACCUAGACUUUAUAUCGAAUAGCCCAGCUUUCUACAGAAACAUGUGCCGGGUUCAGAAGCUGGUUACCUACAAUCAGGUGAAGGGGAUCUUUGGUUUUGGUGACAGUGACUGCAUUGGGAAGAUAAGCUUCCCGGCUAUCCAGGCUUCUCCUAGCUUCAGCUCCUCCUUUCCCGAGAUCUUCAAUGGCCGGGCUGACAUUCCCUGUCUUAUACCUUGUGCAAUAGAUCAGGACCCCUACUUCAGAAUGACCCGAGAUGUGGCUCCGAGGAUGAACUGCCUGAAGCCGGCCUUAAUCCACUCCACCUUCUUCCCGGCUUUACAGGGGGCACAGACCAAAAUGAGUGCAAGUGAUGCCACCACAUCAAUUUUUGUGACAGACUCUGACAAGCAGAUCAAAGAUAAGAUCAACAAGUAUGCCUUUUCUGGGGGUGGAGCCACUGUUGAGGAACACAAGGAGAAGGGAGGUAACUGCGAGGUUGACGUGGCAUUUCAGUACAUGACAUUCUUCAUGGAGAGUGAUGAAAGACUGGAGGAAAUUAAAAAGACUUACACAAGUGGAGAGCUGUUAACAGGGUUCCUGAAGAAGGAGUUGAUAGAAAUUCUACAGAAGUUGGUCGGAGAACAUCGAGAGAGGAGAGCCAUGAUCACCGAUGAAGUAGUCAGGCAGUACAUGAAACCCAGGAAGCUUAAAUUUGACUACCCCCCACCCACACCUCCAUCAGAGAAAAAGAAGAAAAAGAAACAUAAGAAUACUAAAGCAGUUUGAUUGUAUCUGUGCUUUAGUGACAUUUUAAAUGACUUCUUUUUUUUCAAUUCAUUUUUUUUCAAAAGACUUUAGGAUGUAAUGUACCAAGUACCAGUACUUGUGAUUGUUUUAUUCUCAGGUCUUCAGUUCAAACCAAAAAUUCUGUGUUUAAUGUAUGUAUAUGCACUGCUUUUAAGUUGGGUAUUUAGUGACUAGGAAUCAAUAGUUAUAACUUGUAUGAGUUCACCUUUUGAAUUGAUUCAACAAUAAACAGAUACUGAGGGUAAGUACAAUGGUCAAAAUUUUCUCAUUUGGAAAAACAAAAGUAGGCACAUCUUUAAGAUCCUGCAAUGCAUAUAGGUUUUAGGACCACUGUUUCAAAUAUAAUUCUUUUUAAUCUAUAUACAUGUACCUGUGCAUUAUUGAUAAACUAAAUUUGAAAGUAUUUCUAGGUAAAUGAUUAAAUACUGUGUAUUUUGCACACAAAUGUAUGAUUUACAGAAAUUGUAACUGUUAUUAACUGAAAGGC